AUGUCUCUUCUGCUAACAACUUUACCUCUUUUAUUUCUGUUUGGUAUCUUCCUCUCAUGGGUUGUGAUCAGGUGGCUUCUAUUUCCACCCUCAGCAUACUUUGGAAAUCGACAGAAUAUGGAUAUCAAGUCAAUUCUUCAACCCAGGAUUGCCGAGAUACUUGGCGAUGGAAACAAAUCUGGGGAAGUAUCAGUCAACCCCACUUUACUCGGCUUUUUCUCACAACUGCUAUCAUUCCACGUCAGCUCGAUCAAUGUUAUGGUCCUGAAUCUUGCACUGUCAGAGUCUCUAUGGCAUAUGACAAUCACUGGCAUAACCUUAUUACUAGACCAUCAAAACAAAAAAUUGUCAUGGGAUUUUUCUGUGGGACAACUAAGCAGUAAAGUUCUCAAAAGUAGUGAGUUGGACAUAUGUUUGGCUGAGGUUGCUUUGAGCCUGCUGUUGUCGGGUGAUGUGAGUGUGCCUGAUCUAAAGCCAGGCUGCGUAUCGCUCUGUGUGAGGACACUUAUAGGAGAGCUACAUGAAGGACUUUUCCUCAGUCAACUUGUACUUCCUUCUACCAAAUCCAUUUCCUCAAUUAACUCUUUCGACUACGACAACAAGUUUUUCCAAACUGAAGACGUGGAACAGUUCCACCGGCUCAUUCCUGAGAAAGUCAAUGUGGAAUUUGAUAAUACAAAUGUAACUCUGUCCAUGCAUAGCCAGAAACGGCACUUGAACUGGACAUUAAAGUCUUUGAAACUUUGCUAUGGACGAGACAAUGAACAGCAUCCACUCAAAAGUUUCACACCUGAGCUGAGCUUCCCCCAAAGUCAUGUCCAAGUCUUACUGGAAGAUGGACUUCUUCUUUCCCAAAGUAGACAAAGGAUUGUUUGUCUGAACACAUUGAAGACGACAUUGCAAGUUUCAUCUAUGGACAUUUCCUGCACAUUCACUGUCAACACAUGCAUUAUACACUAUCGCCAUCAGGAGUUUUCACAUUGGCUGAAUCUGUUUUCCUGCGAGAAAGUAUUACACAGAAAAACGGCACAUAGAAAAAGCCCCUUUCUUUAUUUCCCCAACCUCCUCCUCAGGUGUUUCCCUCAUCUGGACGCCCCCGUAAUGCUCACGUCGACUGUGACAAACGUAAAUGUCUCUGUUCAGCUAGGAGACACCACACCAUUUGCACUUGGAUUCCUGUCUGUGAAUGCUGAAUUAAAGCAUCUUCCAGACAUGAAAAUGGAACACGAGUCACCAGAGCAGCAGUAUGUGCACCAGCGCGCCUCUCUUGUCCUGGACAGCUUCUGGUGGAGAGUGGGCCAAGGCUCCCACAUUCAACAGGCUCCGCACCCACCUGGUAAACAUGUUUGGGGAGAAGCCCUGAUUCUAGACUCCUUAAACCUAAAGGGCAGUUUAAAUCGGCCCCACUUUGAUGUUUGUGAUCAGCUGCCUCGUCUGAACCUGGAGGCGAGUCUAAAAGGGCUGCAGCUGGAGCUAUCCGAGACUUGCGCCCUGUGUCUGUCACGGCUUCUGUUGCUGCUUGUCCCUCCUGUAAAUGAACCGCAGCUCUCAGAGGUUUCUUCAGCUCUUGGCCCUGAUGAUUCACAGGUCCAACCACCCUUUCAGUCACAUCUAAACUUUUUCUUUAAAUUGGAUCUCUGUCUGGAAGAUGUCAAUGCGUUCACACUCUCUAACCUAGCCGGAGCUGUGUCUUUGCGGAUGGACACCAUAAAUAUUAUGAGCUCUGCUGAAAGUUGUAACAUCACACUACAAGGAGCAGCUCUGUCAAUCAUCAAGAUGGUGAAGGAAAACAUGGAGUUGUGUUGCUCUGCUGCUGAGACUCCUAAUCCUGUUUUUAAACUGGCCACUGUAGAUUUUUGUUACCACAUCACCAUCCACACAUUUCAGGUCCAAUGUCCGGGAGAACUCAAUGAUGUCUUUGAGAUUAAGCUGCGUGACAACUACGAAUUGAUGAAAGAUGAAAGUAAAGAAAGUGCCAAGCGUCUGCAGUUACUCGACAAGAAAGUUGCCGAUCUCCGCAAGCAACAUGGUGAACUUCUGCCCGCUAGAAAAAUCGAGGAGCUGUACAGUUCACUAGAGAGGAAGCACAUUGAGAUCUACAUCCAACGCUCUCGUCGUCUCUACGCCAACACUCCGAUGAGAAAGUCUCUGCUGACGUGGACUGUGUCGGAUGUGGAGUUGGUAGUUCUUGCUGAUGAGUCUCUCCAUGGACCAGAGAGGGUGAGAGAGCAGCUGAGGGACAUCGACUGGAUAAGCCCCUUCCCAAGAGAAGGACUCCCCCUGGUGGUGCAGUGGUGUCGUGCCGUCAAAUUCAAACUUGCAGCAUUUCUGGUAAGAAUUCGGGACUACCCUCGAUACUUGUUUGAAAUCCGUGACUGGCAGUUGUCAGGUCGUCUUGUCGGGACAGAACAAGACGGGUUGGUUAGAGGUCAUCGCAAAAAGAUUUUCAAACUUGGCGCACCAUGGGGAGAUGUGACCGUGCACAGGAAUAUUCCACCUCUGAAGUUCUACUAUGACUUUAAAUCAACAAUUUCCCAAUACACUAUUGUCUGGGGACCUUGUUGGGAUCCGGCGUGGACACUAAUUGGUCAGUCUGUUGAUUUUCUCACCAAACCAACAGCUGAUCCCUCUCCUCUUCUUGCCUGGUGGGACAAAAGUCGACUUCUUCUACAUGGUCACUGGACAAUGGACAUUGACAUGGCCAAUCUCCAUCAACUUGCUACAGAAGACCCUUACAACACUACAGAAAACUUGCACUGGGAAUGGUCUAAGCUCAACUUUGACUGGAAUCCUGGGCAAUUUGUUUUUAAGGGCAUGUUGGAUGUGAAUGUUCGCACUGCCUCAAAGUAUGACGAUGUCUGCUUUCUCCACUUGCCUAACUUGUGUAUGACUCUUGACCUUCAAUGGCUGUGUCAUGGAAACCCCCAUGAUCACCACAGCGUGACACUGUGCUGUGCCGACAGCAUCGCAGAUGUGACUUCAGGACAACCGCACGACUCCUACAGAGCAUUUCGCUCAGAAAACCUUAAUCUCUCCAUUACCAUGGACCUCAAUCAGGGCUCGGAGCCUGCCAAACCUGAAAUCCUACUGUUCAGCAGCACAUUGCGUUGGAUGCAAAAUUUUUGGGCCACUUGGACCAAUGUUUCUCGGCCAGUAUGCAGAGGAAAACCCUUCCAGAGCCACAAACCUGUUCGCAAGAAGCUGGGUCAGCAUUACAAACAGAUGUCUUACACCGCUGCUUUUCCCCAGUUACAGGUGCUGUACUGGGCGUCCUUUGCUCAACAGAGAGGAAUCCAAGUGGAGUGCAGCAAAGGUCAUGUGUUCACUCGAGGGGCUCAGCGGCUUAUUCCACAGGCUGGGACUGUGAUGAGGAGGCUGAUCUCUGAGUGGAACGUGACUCAAAUGGUGAGUGAGCUGUCCCAGGUGACAGUCCACCUAAUGGCUUCCACAUGGGAUGAGACCGCAGAUCACCAAAUCAACGCCCAAGUCAAGAAAACCCACCUCCUGAGUUUGUCCUCUCUGAACUAUCAGCGGCAAAGCAACCGAAUGGAGGAGGAGGUGAUCACAAAAGAUGAAAGCAAUGCUUCCUACACUCAUAAACUUCGACUUGUGGAUCUGCGUGCAUCCUGGACCACCACAAACCGGAACAUUGCUUUUGCUCUUUAUGACGGCUACAAAAAGGCCUCUGUGUUGAAGAGGAACCUUUCAACUGAAGCAUUGAAGGGACUCAAGAUCGACACUCAAACUCAGGCAAAGAAGCUAAAACGCUCACCUUCCAACUACUCUCCAACGACUGCUCCCUCCACACCCCUCCCCAGUGGAACUCUCAGUCGAGCAGAGAAACAUGAAGGAACAUCAAUGCUCCAAAAAUUGAUUGAAGAAACAGACAAGUUUGUGGUGUUCUCAGAAGAGGACUCUGGAGUGAGUGAUCAGCUGUGUGGGACCGCAGCUUGUCAAACUGAUGAUGUCUACAACCGAAACUGGUUCAUUGAGUUGGUUAACGGUCAGAUGAUGCUACGUGGGACAGAGACUGCUGGGUGUGUGCUUGUGUCUGCAGCCAAAGCUCAGCUCCAUCAGUGUGAACAUCAUCCAUCCUGGUACAACGACACUCUGAAGCAGAAAACCACCUGGACUUGUUUGCUCGAUGGCAUGCAGUAUUUUGCCACUAUGGAAUUCAAUCCUUCUGAAGACGAGGACAGGCAGCUGUGGCUGGAAGUUAAAAAUAUUGAAGAACAUAGACAGAGAAAUCUGGACUCUGUGCUGGAGCUGAUGGAGAGUGGCCAGGCAGUAGGAGGAAUGGUUAGCACUACAGCAGAUUGGAACCAGCCCGCCCAGGUUAACGAAACUCAACAGGUUCAGCGAAUCAUAUCUCGCUGUAGCUGCCGGAUGCAUUACAUCAGCUACAGUCACGACAUUAACCCUGAACUGGCAACCCAAAUUAAACCUCCAGAGCUGAGGAACAGCCAUGAAAAAGAAGAUCUGCUGAAGAAACGAGCCGGAGCCGUGGACACAUUCACCCUUAUUCACCAUGACCUUGAGAUAUCUACAAACCCUGUUCAAUAUGCCAUGAUUCUGGAUAUCGUCAACAACCUGUUGCUCCAUGUGGAGCCCAGGAGGAAGGAGCACAGUGAGAAGAAGCAGCGUGUGCGUUUUCAGCUGGAGAUUUCAAGUAACCCUGAAGAGCAACGCAGCAGCAUCCUACACCUUCAAGAGGCUGUGAGGCAGCACCUGGCUCAGAUCAGGCGACUGGAGAAGCAGAUCUAUUCAAAUAUAAGGGCUCAACCGGAAGACAUCAAUAAUGAGGUGGUAGAAAUUAACUUUGGACUCCAGAAUCAGCUGAACCAGGAGAAGAAUGACAUGCAGAUGAAAAGUGAAGAGCUCAACAUUCUUAUUAGGUGCUUCAAGGACUUCCAGCUCCAGAAGGCCAACAAGCUGGAGCUGAGGAAGCCCCCUGAAGAUGUGAGUGUAGUGAGGAGAACAGAGAUUUACUUUGCUCAGGCACGAUGGUGCCUGACUGAAGAGGAUGGACAGCUCGGCAUCGCAGAAUUGGAACUGCAGAGGUUCAUGUACAGCAAGUUGAACAAGUCUGAUGACACAGCAGAGCAUCUUCUGGAGCUUGGUUGGUUCACCAUGAAUAAUCUCCUUCCCAAUGCUGCAUACAAGGUUGUGCUGCGCCCUCAAAGCAACUGUCAAUCCGGACGUCAGUUUGCCUUGCGCAUCUUUAGUAAAGUGCGCCCUCCUGUGGGAGGAAUCUCUGUGAAGGAGCAUUUUGAAGUCAAUGUGGUGCCCUUAACGAUUCAACUCAUGUACCAGUUUUUCAAAAGGAUGAUGGGAUUUUUCUUCCCGGGUCGAAAUGUUGAAGAAGAGGAAGUUGCUGAUGAGGAAGACAAGUUUAGACUGGUCACAACUGGGAUCCCAGUCAAGUCUCGGCAGUCAUCAGAAGACACCAUUGGCCCCAUUGGUUCAAGCAAAGGCAUGACCCAGGGACUGAACAGGACAGCAGGAGUCAGGCGAUCAUUUAGAAAAGCUCCAGAGCAUCCAGUGGAUGAUAUUGAUAAAAUGAAGGAACGCGCUGCUAUGAACAACUCUUUCAUCUACAUAAAGAUUCCUCAAGUCCCUCUGUGUGUCAGUUACAAGGGUGAGAAAAGUAGUGUUGACUGGAAGGAUCUAAACUUGGUUUUACCAUGUUUGGAAUAUCACAACAACACUUGGACAUGGCUGGACUUUGCCAUGGCCGUGAAGAGAGAUAGUCGUAAAGCACUUGUAGCACAGAUGAUUAAGGAAAAGCUGAGGUUAAAGCCGGCUGCGGGCUCCGAUGUGCGAGGAAAAGCAUCAGAGGUGAAGAGUGACAACAGUCUGCAGCAGCAGGAGGAAGAUGAGAAGGCUCGGCUGCUGAUCGGCCUCAGCACUGCGGACAGGAGCUCCAGCAAAAAGAGCAUUUUCAGCCGACGCAAGUGA